AUGGCUAAUAAUCAUCGUCGGAUCUACACGGAUCCGGAACCGGAAGCCGACUCAGCGUACUGCGAAAGUGUCCAGUCAGAAACGACAUCUCUUCGCAGUAGUAUUCUUGACUAUCACUAUGAGAAUGGACGGCGGUAUCAUGCAUAUCACUCUGGUGCUUAUUGGGGUCCAAAUGAUGAGCGCGCAAUGGAUCAUCUUGAUUUAGGUGACUUCGCCGAUCGCCACCCCUCUGCGAGAGUAACUGGUACUGACCUCUCCCCGAUUCAACCAAAUUUGGUGCCGCCAAAUGUUCAGUUUGAAGUGGACGACUGUUGUGAUGAGUGGACAUUCCCGGCCAAUAGUUUUGAUUUUAUCCACGUCCGCGGUCUAUACGGGUGUGUCGCGGAUUGGGUGUUAUUCUACAAAAAAGCGCUUCG